GGAGAUCUUCCGAGGCGUCACUCUCUUGCAGGUGCCCUGAAGACCAGACUGCGGGAUGGCAGGAAGACACCUGAGCCUGCUCAGGCCCUUUCGGACAAAGAAGGAAGGCCCUGGGACUGACCCAACACAGCAACCUGAAGAGGUGGAGCAGUCCCAGCCCCUGCAGGAGGAUCCAGGCCGGCACCGGACACCAGAGCAGGACCGUGCCCGGGGCCGCUUCUGCAGGGCAGCACAGGCCUUUGUGAAAUUCUUGAGCGUUCGGCGUAGAAAGUGCAGGAUCACACCAAUUGAGGUCAUGGCGCAGCCUGACCCCACGCCGACCGAGCUCAAGGUUGACCCUGAUGUCGGCACCGCGUUGACCGAUGGCACAGCAAACCGUGACACCGCGGUGACCGAUGACACAACAGCCUCCAACACCGCGCUGCCUGAGCUCACCCCGCAGGCUGACGGUGCAAAGACUGAGGGCAUCGCGGACGCUGACAGCACACCCGUUCAGCACCUGCCCGAUGAUCUCAGUCUGGAGGUUCUUGAAGAGGAAGUUAUCUCUGUGGAAGAAGCCAAGAAACCAGACAGGGGCAUGGAGCGGAGACCUCCCAGGGUGCCCAAGCGGGCGCGGGUGAAGAAAGAGGAGGAGGAAAGCCCUGGGCCUGCCCCUGCACAGCAGCCUGAGAAGGCAGAGCACUUCCAGCCCCUGCAGAAGGAUCCAGGCCGGCGCCGGACACCAGAGCAGGGCCGCACCCGGGGCCGCUUCCGCAGAGCUCAUCAGAGGGUGCGGAAAUCCGUUCCCGUUCGGCGCAGAAAGGCCAGGACCUCACCACCCGAGCUGCUGGCACAGCCUGAGCCCAACCCGACCGAGCUCAAGGCCAAGGCUGACGCCCCAGGGACUGAGGGCAUUGCAGACGCUGACAGCACACCCGUUCAGCGCCUGCCCGAUGCUCCCAGUCUGCAUGUUCCUGAGGAGAGAGUUGUCUCUGCUCAAGUGCCAGCUCUGGUCAGGUCCAUCCACUCGUGGCUGACCUCCAAUGUGUCUGCUGGGCACGUGCUGGAUAAGACCCUUCUAGCACUGACCGAGGCACACCCCGUGGAUGUCGCCAUCACCCUCCUGCGCUGUGCCCCCUCAUGUGACAGAGCUGCUGCAACCAUGUGGAGGACCAUCGCCUCAUCGGGAAGGACACUGCAGAAGGUGCUGCCAACCCUGCUCGACGUGAUGGAGGACUGGCCGUGGUACUACACGGGCACCUCCGAUGGGGACAACACAGACGUCUUUGCCCUGGCUGCAACUCUGGCACUGUGGAUGAUUGUCCAGGAGCCCCAGUGCCUGGGGCCUUUGAUGGACUAUUCCCCCCAUCUCCUCGUGGAUCUGCUCUUCCAAGUCUUCGUCAGCACAGAGCAGACGUCAGAGGAGGUCGACACGUUCUGGAGGGGAUGCCAGGAGCAACACGACCUUCCCACCGACCCCAACAGGUUUGCAGUGCUGACCAUGAAGGCCCUGCUCUGCUGUCUCCACUGUGAGGAUGUGGUGAAGUCAGUGGAAGACAAUCGUGGCUGGGCCAGGCUCCUCAAUGCUCACAGCCGCCGCUACACGGCUCUGCUGGCCAGGGAGAAGCGCCGCAUCUCCAGACCCUUGUGUUCCCGCAUCACACUCCACCUGCUGGAGCUGCUGAGCAGGGAGGAGCUGUGCUGGGACCUGCCUGCCAUGGCAUUUCUUGUGGAGCUAAUAUCCACCCCCACCGGCCUGCAGUGGGCUGAGGCGCUCCAGCCACUCUUUGACCACGACGACAGCAGUGUGCGGGAGGGCUCCAUGGCCCUCUUCACUCGUGUGAUCAAACUGAUCGAGAGAGAGGGAAAGAGGCCCCUGAAGCCACUCGUGUGCCUGAGCCUGCUCCCGCUCUACUUCCACCGGCAUGAUGAGAAGGUGGUCGUGAAAAGGGCCUCUCGGAAAGCACUGCUGGAUGUGACCAGGUUCCUGAAGAGGAGGGAUCUUGGGCGCCUGGUGAAUACAGAGGAGCCAUGGAGCUUUGGCAAGUGCCUGCUGAAAAAGGACCGGAGCCGAGUGGCCAAGUACAUGCACCAGGCCCUGCCGUACCUGCGGAGCCCACAGCAGCCCCUGCGAGAGGCAGCCAUCAAGUUCAUGGGGAUCGCCGGGGGGUACCUGAGGGGACAGCCCAAGGAGCUGCAGCUCAUCAUCGAUGCCCUUCAAGCCAUCCCAGAUGACAGGAGCCCCGCUGUCUCAAACCUGGCGCUUCAAAUCAUCAACUUUGUUACAAAUCUACAGACAGCUCCCUACCCCAGGUUCCAGCAGUUCCGAGACCGGCUCUGCAGGGCGUGGAAUACCCGGCCUUCUCUGUGGGGCUGAGUCUGCCUGUGCUGCUGCAGCUGUGUGCAGAGUUGAUGCAGGCAGCUCUGUCUGUUGGGGCACCUGAGCCUGUGGGGAAGACACCUCUUCUCUGCAAGCCCUUCCUUUUACCCCAGCGUAGGAAUAUUAAAUAAAUAUUGUCAUA